CACUCGAGGGCUCCCUGGCCUCCUGCCUCCCACGGGCCUUGCAGCUGCCUGUCAGAGGCAGCCAUGCCUCUGCUCCCUCCAGGGACAGUCCUCGGGGCGCUGCAGUGUUCCCCAGUGCACAUCUGAGGGCGUGCCCGAGGCCUCUUCCGGUCCUUGUCUUCAUCCUCAUCCUCGUCCCCAUACUCGUCCUCGUCCUGGGAAAGUCCUCUGAGUGCCUUCUCUGCCCCCAGAUCCCGGCCCUGGCCCCGUGGCCAACAGCAGCUCCCGCGGCUCCUCCCCAGCGAAGGACAUGGACAACGCCAAGGUGAGCCUGGAGCCCGUGCAUGGGCCCAAGCCGCUCCAUGUGCCUUCGGUUUCCACUCUGUUCUCCAGCUGGCCUGGGCGUGAUGACCCCGCUGACUAGGUCACCAUCUGACUGGGCCUUCACUAAGGCUCGGGCCGCGUGCUGAGUGCUGGAGCACAGCACACCUCACGCCCCUGCCUUGAGUGUUUGGUCAAGCAGGACUUGACCUCACAGUACCCAGAGCCCACCUGCAGUUCCCUAGCAGUCCUCCCACCUCAGCCUCCCGAGUGCGGGAUGACCGGUAUGCAUCGCCACACUCGCGUGCGCUUGAAUUUUGGGAGCAGCUGUUGGGGUCCUCAGGGUCUGUGCUAGGCAGACCCCUUGCAAUGAUGGGGAUGAGGUGGGCGUGGGCUCUUGUGGGAGUGGGGAGCCAGUUCCAGGGCCCCCUGAAUCCGACCCCGGGCGGCCCAGGCUGCUGUGCCUCCUGGUCCUUAGGCUGAUGCCUUGGCAGCCUUCACACCGCAUGGGGCCGCCUGCAAUGGUCAGAGCUCCAUGGACUGCCUCCCAAGCAGCCCAGGCACAGGCGCCUCCGCCAGCCCCUCCCUGUGCAGUGUCAACAGGCCGAGGUAGCUUCCUGUUCUCCCCAGAUACCCCGGGACCCUGGGAGCCCUUGUGCCGCCCCUGUCGUGCCCAGGGCCACGCUCAUGCUGGCAAGAGUGCAGCGAGCUGGUGCAGCGCCCCGCUGGCACCUCUGGAGCUCAUCUCUGCACACAAGUGGGGCAGCGUGGUGACCAUGCUCGAUGCUUGGCUUGCUACUCAAGAGGGGCCAGUAGGGUCCGGGAUCCCUUGACUCCUCUUGGGACGGGCAACCGGUUCACUGCCGAGCUCUAAACUGGGCCUGCUUCUGUUCGCAGGUGAGCAUGGCCGUGAAGGGGCCCCCAGCCCAUCCAGGGCCCCCGUUCCUGGGAGGCCCCAUGCCGUCCCACGUGGACUAUGGGUCGCCGCCGCCACCACUGCUCUGCAGAUCCUUCGGGCCUCGGCCGAUGUCUCCUAGGCCACCGCAACCAUUCGGUACCGUAGGACACUUGGGCCGGCACCACCGCCUACCCUGUCCUCUCGCCUGCCCUGUCCUCUCUCCUCACCUGUCCUGAUUGGCAGCUGCAGCCCGCCUGACUUGAAGCACGAGGCCCAGCACUCUGAGCCCAGUGCAGCCUCCACAGCUGCUUGGACCAGAAGGGCCCUUUCGGCAGAGCGAAAGCCAGUCUCAGCGGGGUGGUCACCUGGGACGCCACAGGCCGCUGGCAGUGGGAGAAGGGAGGGUCAGGCUGUGGUUGAGCCUUACUGAGCCUCAGUUUUCCUUAUCUGUGAUGUCCAGUGCAUCACUCGACUUCCUGGCACAGGGGAAGGGAAACCCUUUCAGCAGACCUGGGCUGCUCCUCAGGACGUGUCCGCAUGUCCCUCUUGCUUUCCAGUUGCACGCAUGGGCCCACCACUGGGCUUAAGAGACUAUGCGCCCGGCAUGCUGCCCGGACGCCACGACCUGCCGCUACAUCCCCGCGAGUUCUUGCCUGGACCUGUGCCAUUCAGGCCUCCAGGCCCGCUCGGCGCCCGAGCAUAUUUCAUUUCGGAUCUGCGAAUGCCACCCGCUGGACUCCAAGACUACCGACCACCACCUGCCGGGCCCCAGGAUAACCCACCGAUGCCUGCCGGGCCCCAGGACAACCCACCACCGCCUGCCGGGCCCCAGGACUACCAACCACCAAGUGCCGGGCUCCCGGACUACCCACCGCCGCCUGCCCGGCCCCACGACUACCCACCACCGCCUGCGGGGGUCCCAGGAAAACCCACCACCAAGUGCCGGGCCUCAGGACCAUGGAUGGCCGCCCUCUGCGAGCCUAAACUUCGCAUGCUGUGACAUUCCCAGAGCCGACUUCGGUGAGCCUCUCCAGGGCCUCGAGUCCUGGGACUCCAUGACAGCAUGCUGCAUUGCCCCGAGCAUGGUUCCCUGGACUCUGGUACAGAGCCCGGGCACUCCUGGCUCGGGUUUCC